AAUUCAGACAGAUCUCUGGAUUGUCAUGGUUUACCAUCAAUCGCAUGGGAGCAGUUGCAAGGCAAGGAAGAGGCUAUCAGUCGAAGAUCCUGUGGUUUGGUUUAUAUGGCCAGAAACAAUUCUGAGAAGGUGAUAAUCAAGAAGCUAUUAGGUAUGGAUGAGAAGGAAAGCAUCUCUUUCUCAAAAAGCAAAAUUCUCCAUGGGAAUAAAGGUGAACAUAUUGUUAAGUUCAAAGUUGUGUGCAUGGAACCCUGUGCAAUGAUGCUUGUAUAUUUGUUUUACUUCACUCCCUUCAGCAGUUUAGAAAUUGUUAGCAGUCUGGACCAACUUUUACGACAUAUUCACAAUAAUGAGGCAAUCGACCAAUCUCAACUUCAAGAAAACAUCUCCAUUGAAACAUCAGCAGAGCUUGCAUAUUUGCAUGAUCUUGGGAUCAUCCACUGUGAUAUAAAGCCUAACAAUAUACUGUUUCCAACCAGCAUUACUGCUCCUUAA